AUGGAGAGUGUUCCGAAAGAGUUGAGAAAUCUCCGAGCUUGUCUGGUUUGUUCUUUGGUCAAGGUAAGAAAUUCUGACGUGAUAGAGUACCGGAGAUUUUACAGUAUGUGAGGAACGAGUUUCUGUUAUAUAACUCAAGCUAUUAUCCACUUUUUUUAUGUUCUUAACAGAAGGUUAAAUGUAAAAAUAAUUUAAUUUAUGUUAUAUACAGACAUUGCGUUCGCUUCAGAAUCACUCUGUAAGCUUCUUUGUGAGCUUAAUUUAACUCAUCGUGCUAGCAGAGCCUCUCUUUUGCUCAAAGAGACUGAAGGAGGCUCUGCUCGCAGAGUGAGUUUUUAGUGAACUUAUCUACAUAUACUUUGUCUUAAAUUAAAAGUGUAAGCAAAAAAAUUGUAAUUCUUGGUUUGCAACCACGUGACAAGCCGGCCAUGUUGGGGUUCAAAACAGUAUAUUUUUUCUCUUGAAGUAUUUACGUGAAAAUAGAGUUUAGUUCCCAGAGGAGAGAAACGUUUUAGUUCUUGACCACCAGCAUGGCCGCCAUCCAGACCUCUCGACCCCAAAAGACCAAUAACCAGGAGACCAAGGUCCAAGAACCUGGAAAUUUGGGAAGAAACUUGGAGAUUUAUCAACAGCGUCAAAAAGAACUAAGACCAGGUGUUCAUCAAAAUAAAAAAUGGAAGCGGAACGACUCUGAUUCUCUUUGUCCGAUGAAUGUUCGUCGAUUUCCGCCAUUUUGACAAAAUGGAUGAAACGAAUCUAGAUGCGACAAACUGGUUAGCGAUAACCUUAUUUGGCAUUUGUCUUAUAAAUAUGGCUGUGAGGUUCGUGUCUUGUCAACCAAUCAAUCAAAUAUGACAAAUAUGCCUUAGAACUUUGGAUUUCUACAGAAUUGGCACCAGGAAAUCAAUUGGACAAGACAAAAAUGAAAAUAUUCAAGGACAGUGCAUACCAUCAGCUUGUGAAUCUGUUUACAGUGAGAUUUUUGUGCCUCAUCGUGUAACUGUAAGAUUCCCCUGAAAAUCGUGUGUCUAACUGCAAAACCGAAGGUAUUUAAUGGUAUGUAAGUAUGUUAUGUAAAAUCCAACUUACAGUACCUUUUUCAGGCUGUUUUAUUGCCAGCCACAGUAAUUGAAUCUGUUUUGUUUACAGACCCUUGAGCAGUUUGAAUAUGAUGGUUGUGAAAAUUGUGAGAAGUUCUUGAGACUAAAAAACAACAAAGAAAACAUUCUAACUUGUACAAGUGCAAACUUUGAUGGGUAAGUUAUUGGUAAUAAUAAGAUUUAAUUUAAAAAGUUUGAACUGAGCUUAUGGAUGUUUUCAUGUCAAGAUGCCAACUGUCACAUACAUAUGAAGCCUUGAGAUUUUAGAGAUACAUUGUAGUGUACCCUGCUUACAGUGUUUGUAGUUGUCUCUUGUUUCCUCAGUUCCCUCUUCCCUCUUGAGACAAACACUGUCACUCACAUGGCACCAUUCUUUAUCAUGGUACACAGAGGCCUGGAUACACCGUAUUCCUUUAAAUGAUUUAAUCCUUGAAACUCUUUGAAUCUGGAGAAGCAAAGCUUGAAUUUUAUUAUAAACAAGAAUGAAAGCGUUAAAGUCUUGUUUGCUUGGAGAUGGAUGAGGAGGCGAUUUUUCUACACAAAACAGGAUUUCCUUGCAAAGGUUUUUCACUUCCUUGCCGAUGAUUGAGUCGUGUAUAAAUAAACGAAAAUCUAGAGAAAUUGCAUGCAGGAGAGAAAAUUAGUCCUCUGGGAGGACAUGUGUUUACAAUAGACUGUAUGAAGGGCAAUGACGGGUAACUAUGGUGUGAAGGAUAAACGUUUAACACUGUGUGCUAUGAGGACAAUUAUUUUCCAGAGAGAAAAUUUAAAUUAUUUAAUAGUUUGUAUCACUCAGGGUACCUUUUUUUUUCAACACGUUUGUUUGCCAUGGGUUAUCUAGAAAUUGUAUGUAAUGAAACAUCACGACAAGUGACAACGGACCGAAUGUCCGUAAAAAAACCACAUGCUUGCAAAACAAAAUCGUUCUUCAAGGCAGUCACGUUGUGCAGUGACUGCUAAAUUGCACAUGCACAGUAACACGUAAGGUUGGUUUGGUGGCCACAGGCAGAGUUAAAACUUCUACAGAAAUUCUGGAAUUGAGUUAGGCCAGAUUAAUUUCUUUGCUAUUUCUGUACAUUUGUAAUUGCUUUGUGUUGGGUGACUUCAUUUAAGGGUGAUUUUCCCUCUUCCCCUUGCUUGUCACCUUCCUCGCGGUGGCAAUUUUCACAUGUGCUUAGGUGAUUUAUCGCUCACUGUAUACUAUUCAUGUGGAAAAUGAGGGACGACUGGUAGUUAAUUCACAGAUAAGGGCGCAAAAUAUACAUGUCCUCCUUAAAUAAUGUUUAUUAAUUUUGCUCCUCAAGGAGGGGUGUAAGGAUAGAAGGCACAAUAACCUAUUCAACAAUUAAAUGGUUGUUCAAACAUUGGAUAGCACUAUCCACUGGAUAAAUCACUAUCCAGCGGAUAAGUGUAUGGAAAACCACUUAUUGUGCUAUCUACUGGAUAGAGAUUUAUCUAGUGGAUAGCGUUACCCACUUUUGAACAACUGGGGCCAGGAAUUGGUUACCUUGUAGCCUGAGGUUUCAUUAGGGUUAGGGUUAGAAAAUUAAUAUAAACCACUUUUGUAGUCAUUAUUUCACUCUGAUUCUUUGACGAUCUCAACUAACUUCUUUCCUUAUAUUUAUGAAAUCACUCUCUUGCCCAGCAAAUUAUACGAGAGCCAUGACUGUCACUAGGAAGAGGCAUGUUACUGUUUUGAAUUGUAUUCUUUUUCUGGGCUUGCAUAGACAAUAGUGUUGAGCAACAGCUCACAGAUAACAAAUUUACUUACUUAUAGCUUUUUUGACAGGAUAAUAUCGCUUAUGACUCCAAAUGACAGUUGGGUGGCCAGGUGGCAGAGAAUAGGUAUGGAUGUUUUAUUUGUCAUUGUUUUAGAAUUUUAUAUAAAAACCUCUCCAAUCUCAUUCCCAGGGUCUUCUCUCUUCCUCCCUUGAGAAAGGACUCUUAUUGUGGCUAGUCACUCAGCUCCCAAAAUCUGGGAGCUGGGUGUUGUGGGAAAGUGCUUUAAAGCUAGAGAUGAUGGCUUCCUCAAGAGCGGAAGAGAGGGGACCCAGGAAAAAGGUUGAGGCCUCUCUCUCCCCACCUUACAGCAUAGACCUUUAGUCCUUGCCUUAUCACCUAGCAAACAGAUGUACUACUAAGUACUUCAUUUUUCAUGUUCUUGCAGUGUGUGCUUCAUUUGUUGUAAUGUUUAAAAAUCAGGACAAAAUUUUCUAGCAUUAGUAUUUAUCUUUCACAGACACAUUAGCAAGAGGAUGCUAUGCCAUAUCUGUGAGCGGUAAACUUCCAGGGCAUGUAGCACGGGAUCUGAAAGCUAGAGGAGUAACUUACAAAUCAAGAGACAGAACUAACCAAUAA